UGACCCCAGUCUGCCGGAAGUGCUACCCCGUGCUCCGGAAACGGUUCUGCGGGACGCGAACGCGCUCCGCCUUGCGUACCGCGUGAGACGUAGAGCUGAGCGACCGAGGCCGCGAGCGAGGUGAGAUGCCUGUGGCCGUGGGUCCCUACGGACAGUCCCAACCAAGCUGCUUCGACCGCGUGAAGAUGGGCUUUGUGAUGGGUUGCGCCGUGGGCAUGGCAGCCGGGGCGCUGUUCGGCACCUUUUCCUGUCUAAGGAUCGGAAUGCGGGGUCGGGAGCUGAUGGGCGGCAUCGGGAAAACCAUGAUGCAGAGUGGCGGCACCUUUGGCACAUUCAUGGCCAUCGGGAUGGGCAUCCGAUGUUAAUCAGGGCAGUUGCUGCCUACUACAUCUAACCUCUCCCAUAGCCCCAGCCCAUAUUCAAUAAAACAAAUCUUUGAAUAGUC